GACUUCGAAGCAAAGCAUAAACACAAACAAACCGGGAGAGAGCGGCAGUGAGUAUAGUAGGAUAGGCACAAACAGAAGUUUCUUCUUUUCAAGACUGCACGAACAAAAAGAAGCCGUCCCGAGCUGUGUUGUGCCGUGGCCGUUGCCGGGACGGCUCUUUCGGCUUUUCACGACUCGUGGAUUCCUCCCUCCCUCCCUCCCCUGUCGUGUACUCGUCCCUAGCCUAAUCCAUCCGCGGCGCGCGCGCGCGCGUCGCCUACUCCCUCCCCUUCUUUUUUGCCGCCGCCGUCGCGAGCCGAGGCGAGGCGGGCCCAGCAGCAGCAGCCCACUCUCCCACCCCCACCCAACAAAGUGGCAGCGGCCGCGGACCAAAAGCGGAAGAGCCGAACCAGCAACACGACAUCACACGCCCAUCUCCUCUCCUCUCCUCUCCCCGUCGAAGAGGAGGAGGAGAUCAACGAAGAGCAUCUCCCUCGCCGCGAACUCGCGAACCGGCGCGCGCGGGUGAGGAGGAGGAGGGGAUGGGGAGGGGCCCGGCGGCGGGGAGGUCGUCGGCGGGGGCGGCGCGGCACCAGCAGUUCAGGGCGCGCGCCAAGACCCGCGUCGACGACCUCCAGGAGAUGUUCUCCGGGCUCCAGUCCGCGCGCAAGGAGGCCCGCUCCACCGACGCCGCCGUUCUCGAGGCGCAGCUCCACCAGAUGCUCCGCGAGUGGCGCGCCGAGCUCAGCGUCUCCUCCUCCCCGGCCUCCUCCCUCCAGCAGGGGAACAACCGGGAGCUGUCGGAUCCGCCGUCGGAGACGCUGCGGCUGCUGCAGCUGGCGGCGGCCGAGGAGGAGGAGGACGACGCCACCAGCAAGCUCGUCGAGCAGCAGCAGCAGCACCCGCCAUCGGCUAACCAGGCCCACGGCCACCCGCAGGCGCAGGGCGGCCAGGACAUGAAGCCGGAGCCACCGGAGGAAGCGGUGGCCUCCCCGGCUGAUCUGACGGUGCCGCAGCAGCCGCAGUCGCCAGGUCAGGGAGUUCUGGCGAGUGGUGGAGGGAUGCUGGCACCUGCCGCUGCCGCGGUGUUCCAUGAUCAGAUGUAUUAUGUUAACCAGGAACUUACUGUUGAGGAUUUCCUUUAUGAUGAUAAUUACAAGAUGUAUCUUCCUGGAUACAAUUCAGAUGUUCUCAAUAAUCUGGAAAGUACUGGUCAGCUGGAAUAUCCACAGUUCAAUUUGCCACAAGAGUUACCCCCUAAUGCAUAUCUUGAUACGAGUAACUGUGGACAAAAUGCUGGAGAUGUUUUCCUCCACAUGUCAGACUUGCUCAAUACAAUGUCUCCAGUACCUGCUGCAUUCCUGAGGCCCAAAUGCGCUCUCUGGGACUGCCCUCGGCCUGCUCAAGGAUCAGAAAGGUGGCAAGAUUAUUGCAGCAUGUAUCAUGCUGAUUUGGCCGUGAAGGAAGAGGGUCCACCAGGCACAAUGCCUGUGAUCCGUCCAAGAGGUAUCGAUUUAAAAGAUGGCCCUCUGUUUGCUGCCCUCAGUGCAAAAAUCCAAGGAAAGCAUGUUGGUAUUCCUGUCUGUGAAGGGGCUGCAACUGCGAAGUCCCCAUGGAAUGCACCUGAACUUUUUGAUCUGUACAUUUUUGAGGGUGAAUCUAUUAGAGAGUGGCUGUUCUUUGACAAGCCAAGACGAGCAUUUGAGAGUGGAAAUCGAAAGCAAAGGUCAUUGCCAGAUUACAAUGGCCGUGGUUGGCAUGAAUCAAGGAAGCAAGUGAUGAAAGACUUUGGGGGUCUGAAGAGGUCCUAUUACAUGGAUCCACAACCAUCUAACAGCUAUGAAUGGCACCUCUAUGAGUAUGAGAUCAAUGAUUGUGAUGCUUUUGCCCUAUACAGGCUUGAAUUCAAGUCCUCUGAUGCAAAGAAAACUGCUAAAUCAAAAUUAGCUUGUAACCCACUGAAUGAAAUCCAGCAGCAAAUGGUUAGGCUGAGUGCAGAUAGCCCUGUCGAAAACAAACGGUCUGCCCGCAGCAGGACAAAGGCUAACCCAAAUGAUAUCAAUAGCAACAUCUACUUAGUUCAGAACACUACAGUUCAAGGCAGUAUUCCAAAUGCUUAUCAGGCAGUGUCACAACCGGACCAGAUGACGUAUUUGAAUGGCAAUGUUGUUUAUGGGCCUCAUCUCCCAUACGGUUACUCAACUGAAAGAAGUGACUUCUAUUGGAGCUCAAAUGAUGGAGCUUGAAGAAGGGUAACCAUAUUUUAUCAACGGCAUAUUUGGCCUUCAAGUUCUAACAGCUCCAGCUAUACUUAUGGGGUCUAAUCUUAUUGGCAUGGCCCCCAUCAUUCUAAUUGUCAUGGGUUGCAUCAACAUGGAACCUCUUCGAAAAUGCCUGCGCUGCAGUCGUAUUUGUGCACAAUAACUUCGACAAUGUAAUAUAGCCUAGUGUCUUGACAUAGCAUCUCCCUUGGUGCAGAGCAUAUGUAACAUAAAUUGCCAGGUUUGCUAGACUUGUAACCUUUUAUGUGGGUCUAUCAGCUAUUUGAUGGACCCGUUUAUUUGUGACGCUGUAUAUGCAUGAGGCUGUUCUGAAUCUGGGAGCAAUGUUGGUGGCCUUUGAAGGCACUAACCUGUUGAUAAAAUUGUGUUCUCUAUGAUUGAACCCCAAUUACAUGCUUGAGAUGAAAGCAUCUUGUAGCAA